AUGACCCAACAGGGCGUGGCGCUGCAGAACUACAACAACGAGCUGGUCAAGUGCAUCGAGGAGCUGUGUCAGAAGCGAGAGGAGCUGUGCCGGCAGAUCCAGCAGGAGGAGGAUGAAAAGCAGCGGCUGCAGAAUGAGGUGAGGCAGCUAACGGAGAAGCUGGCCCGCGUCAACGAGAACCUGGCGCGCAAGAUCGCCUCUCGCAACGAGUUUGACCAGACCAUCGCUGAGACCGAGGCCGCCUACCUCAAGAUCCUGGAGAGCUCCCAGACUCUGCUGAAUGUCCUCAAAAGGGAAGCUGGGAACCUGACUAAAGCCACAGCCCCAGACCAGAAGAGUAGUGGAAGCAAGGACAGCUGCCCAGUGCCCGUCUCAGCCGUGGCCUAUGGCUGCCCAGUCCCCGACGUGUCUGUCCUAAAGCAUCUCUGUUCUUCGUGGCCUCAGAUGCCUUCCCACGAUCUCAGGUGCCCAGAGGGACAACUUCCGACCUCCACCUGCCUUGGGUGACGA